UUACUUUCAAAUUUCAAAACUUUCAAAGAUUUUUGAAACCUUUUUCUUCAUAAAACUCCUAUAAAAUUAACAUUUAAAAAUGCCGAAAGUCGUGUCCAGAAGUAUAGCUUGUUCGGACACCAAAGAUCAGGAAGAAUACGGCGACGAAAAGCCUUUACACAUUUACUAUUGCUUGUGUGGCCAAAUGACCCUUAUUUUAGAUUGCUCCAUGGAAAAACUUCCUCUAAGAAAACGGGAUGGUGCUAGGGUAUUGGAUGGGACAAAUCAUGCACAUAAAAUCACUUGCGACUCAGAUGAGACUGUUUAUUUGAAAAGAAACGAAGGAAUUGAAAGGCAAUACAGGCUAAAAUGCAAAAAAUGCAACCUACUGCUCUACUAUAAACAUGAUCCUCAAAGUCCUGUAAGUUUUAUUGUGAGAGGCUCCCUUAUAACAUCAACAAAUGAAGGGCCUAUUACUGAUAUUUACAAUCAGGUAGCAAUUGAAAAACCCAAGAAAAUUAUGGUAACAAAACACACUAAAAAUAUGGGCAAGUUUAGUUCAGUUACUGUAUCUACAAUUGACGAGGAAGAGGAUGAAAUAGAAGCCCGCGAAGUGGCAGACAGUUAUGCGAAUAAUGCAAGGAUAAUUGAAAAACAAUUGGAAAGAAAGGGCAUGAACAAGAGGAAACAAGAACAAGGAAAAGUACAAGAGACUAAGAAAGUUAGAGGAACAUUAAUCGAUAAAUAAUAAUUAUAUAAGUAGAUUUUUAUUCCAACAAAAUAAUAAGUAAUAAUCAUUUAUCACUUCACAAUAAAUUUACUGGUAAAAAAAAACAUAUUUGUAUAAUUAGUUAUUGAGCAAGAUUGUCUUGCUUGACUAGAACCGUUGCUAUUUAAACAGAAGUGGUGUGGUCUCCCCUGCUGAACGUACUACGCGUAUGGAUUUCCUGCAACAAACAAAAAAAUAAUUUUUUCACCAGGAAUUUAAUAGACAUAAAUGUGAAAUUAGUUAAACACAUACCUGUAACAGCCCCUGUUUAUCAGACCUAAUAAAAACGUUAUUGAAUGUACAUAUAUAUACACAAGCUGUAAUCAGAUGUACACCAGAAAUAAUAAAUUAAUUAAUUAAACCAAUGAAACAAUAGUUAAAGUGAUGUUACUAGAAAUUUUUUGAUGCGGUUUUUGACUGUUUUUUCGAAAUAGUGAAUAUAAAUGUUAUGGAAAUGUUAAAUAGAAAAGUGAGUUAUGUGGAUGGGUGGCAGUCCAAAUACCCCACAAAGGAGAGGGGUGUAAAUAAUCAAAAUCACAAUAAUCGCCACCUGUUUUAUUGCCAUACGGUUAAACGGAGUCCCCGAUGUUUCAAAAACAGAAAAUCUCUAAUGCCAAACGGUGCUUUUAUAAAAAAAAAAACUCAUGGGAAUUGAAUAAAACCCAUGAAAAUCAAGUCAAUAACUCUAUAAUGAUCUCUAUUAACAUUUUUUGUAUAUAUUUUUUUUAAAUCCUAUUUUUUUCUAGGGUGCACCAGUUGUAGAUUCACAAUUCAGGAUAGGUUGGUGGAUGCACCACCCAAAUAAGGGGCUUCAGUAUAAAUAGAUAAGUUGAGGUUGAGCGUACAGCGUCACCAAAAAGCAAAACACUUGAAAUGCCACAGCUCUCUCAGUCUGCAGUUUAUAACUGCUUUAAAUGUCAAAAUCCUUGUAAGCCUAAAGAUGAGAAAAGUGAGCUUUUUGGAUUCCCCUGUGAUUCCUGCAAAAGAAUCAUAUGCAAGACCUGCUCGCGUAUUUCCAGCUCGUAAGUCCGCUGCCUAAUAAUGCAGAGUAGAGUGAAUGCAUGGAAAGCCUAAGGGAUCUUAAUGGACUGGUAAAAGGCAUUGGAAAGGAGAUGAGCGACGCUCGCAUCGAACUUGAGCAUGAAAUAUAUGAUCUGUCCCAGGAUUUAGAACAGAAAUUGAAGGAGGUGAACAAGGAAAUGGUUCGAAUCAACAAUGAAACCAAAAGUGAAACCUUACAGGAAAUUCGAAGAAUAAUUAAUGAUGAAGUUUCCACCAUCAAGGAACCACCAAAAACGUAUGCCCAAGUAGUAACUGACACCAACACCCUAAAGAGUCUGUGGUUUAUAACUGGCAAUGAGAGAUCGCAGGGCCUGAUUUGACAAAUUUAUUUUUUUUGACAAAUUAAAAUGAAUGACUUCUGGUUCAAGAACCGACGAACGUUUUUGACGUUAUUAAUUUGUUUCAGUUAAUUUCUAUUUGUUAAACAAGGAAGACAAAUGCUGGUAGCAAGUACAAACCGGUGAAACAGACUUUAACGUCAUUCCAGGGGUUAACUUUUAGAUAUUCUGUCAAAAUAGUUUUAUACCCGCGAUAAGAAGGCAAAUACACUCAUUUACCUUAUACAAUGAGCAUUCUGUAAUACCUCAGUAGAAAUGGUAUCUAAACUAUAUAUAAAACUUAUGUUCGUCCCAAAAUAGACUAUGCCUGUUCAGUGUGGAGUCCAUAUUUUGUUAAAGAUAUUGAAAUCCUUGAAAGAGUUCAGAGAAUAAUGACAAAAAUUUCUGAUGAAAGAAGACAUUUAUCAUAUCCGGAGAGAUUAGAAAUAUUUCAAAUAUCAUCUCUAAAAGAAAGACGAGAAUGUGGAGACAUGAUCCAGGUUUUCAAAACUCUUUCAGGCUCAUUAAUAAUCCAUCUCAAUGGAAGAAGGAAAUUGCGAGGACAUUCAAAAAAAAUAAACAAGGAAAAGAGCCACCUGCUUAUCAGAAAAAACUUUAUAACAAAUCGGGUGGUAUAUAAGUGGAACUCGCUUGAGGAAGAAACAGUGACAGCUCCAAGUGUAAACGCAUUCAAGAAUAGACUAGACAACAAGCUGCAGUCAUUAAAAUCUGUGCAUUGAACAAUCAAUUCAUUCAGAGAAUGUACGGCUGAAACUCAGGACCUAAUACCAAGUCAGUAAGACGUUGAAAGGUUGCAGGGGCAUUAUGAAUGCCAAAAGGAAGUCUGCAGAAUUGAAAAAGUUUACGCCCUGGAACCGUGAACGCUGUGUAAUGUUUACUAUCCUCUUGCAACUCAACUUGCCAGUAUGCACUUUUGAGGUCUAAUGAACUAAGGUAUCGAGCACCACCAAGUUUAUCCAAAAUGGCCGAGAUGUAGGGUAAAGGAUAGGCAUCACGUUCACUAAGGGCAUUGACCUUCCUAAAGUCCACGCAAAAGCGCAUCUCACCACCUUUUUUUGGCACCAACUGGUGAACACCAAGGGGAUGUCGCGGGUUCAAUGACUCCAGCCGCCAGCAUUUUGUUCACCUCUUCAUCAAUUAAUUUUUGCUUGAAGAGAGAAACAGGAUAAUAUCUUUGUUUAAUAGGGAAACUAUGACAAUUUUAUGUUUUACCACAGAAGUACGACCCAACUUGUCACCGAUACUAUCAAUUAGUUAGGCUCUAGAUAGAAAUAGUCCACUGACGAAUGGUGCACUGACUGGAAGAUUAAGAAUAUUGCACGAGCCACAUUUUAGAAAUAAUUUUAAAUCACGACCUGUGGAAAGGCUAUAUGGUGGAAUAGGUGUGGAGAAUGGAGAUACAAUGUUAUACUUAAUUUGCUACCUUAAAUCAAUAACAAUAUACUUAAAAUACCGUCGUUAAUAAAUC